CCCGGCGGCGGGCGGCCCCGCCGGGGAGGACCGGGGCGCGGGGCGCGGGCGGGCAGGAGGCCGGACUCCUCCUCCGGCGCGGCCGGACGCGAGCGCCAGGCACACGGGUGGCCCGCGGCGGCUCGGGGUGCGUGGGACGCCGGCCGGUCCCGCCGCGGCCGGAAUGGCCCCGACCCUGCUCGCCAACCCAUCCCCCCCGGGUCCCCACGUGUGCGGCUCUGCCCUCCGACGGCGGGCGUGGGGCCCCGUGGGGCUCUGACCCCGGAGCGCUCCGAGAAGGGUUGAACGCUUCCCCGGGGGUGUUCGUGUGUCCGUCCUGCCCGCGCUGGACGGGGCUGUCGGGGCAGGGAGCCCCGCUCACGGGGCGGUCGGCCGGCCGGUCUGCGGGUCCACCUGCCCGUCCGCCUGCCCGGGGGUCGGCCGGCGUGCAGGUGGCGGUAGCGGGGGUCGGGUGCCGCCGGGGGUCCCGGUGACGUUCCCGGCGGGGUGUGAGUUUCCGCGGGAGCUCGGCGCCGGUGCGGGUCCCAGCGGGAGCCGGUGCUGAAGCGGGUCGGGCUGCGGCUCCUGCUGUUGGCGGGAUCCCGGUGCCGUCCUGCUGCCGGGGCGGUCCCGGCGCCUGUGCGGUCGGAGUCCCGGUGCCGCUGCUUUGCGGGUCGGGAUGGCGGCUGGUAUUCUGGUGCCAGUGCUAAUCGGGGUCCCGGUAUCGGUGCCGGUGCCCGCCCCGCCGGUCAGGUGACGGCGGCUGGAAUUUGACACCGGUAGCGGCGACGGCAGCAGGAUGGAGCCGUCGCUGCCCCGCACUGUGCGUCCGCCCGCCGCCGCCGGCACCGCACCGCGACGCGCAGCGGGACCGGGACCUGUAUCCCAAGGCACAGCGGGAGCGGCACCGGGAGCAGCGGCGGGAAUCGGUGCCGGCGGGGCAGCGCCGGCCCCCGCCAGCGCCCCGCCCCGGCGCGGCGGCGGCGGGCGGCGGGGGGCGGCGGGGAGCGGAGGCGAUGCGGGGCAGCGGUGGCCCGGGGGUUGGUCCCCGCCGCGGGCACGGUGAGUGCGGGCCGGGCCGGCGGGCGACAGCGCCCGCCCCAGCCUGCCGGCGGCCCCGGACCUCGGUGGUGGCUCGUACCGGGACUGUGGGGGGACGGGGGGAACCCGCUUCGCCGCCCACCCCUCGGCAAUAGCCGGGGUGCCGAGCCCGGCCCGGCGGCGGGAAGCGCUGAGGGCCGCGGCGGGGAUGGGGUUCCCUGCCUGGGCAGGGAGAGGCGGGACCCCGCUGCGGGCGCCCGAGGGACACGGGGGCGGACUCCGUCGCCUCUUCCCUGGGCUCCUGCCCGGCCCGUUGGGCACGUCGGACAGGUCCGCGCCCCGGCUGCCCGGGCGGUGGCCCGGCGAGAGCCACGGGGAGGGGCUGCCCAGCGCCCCCCGCCUGUGCUACCUCCGACAGGGGCCGAGUUUGGUCUCGUCCGUGUACCCCACGUGUUCGUCCCCGGGCCUCCCAAGGCUUUGCGGGGCGGGUGCCCGCUCCGCAUCACAUGUGGGGUUGAUUUCUGACCCCCCGUCACUUCUGCCAGGGACAGCGCGGAGGGAUGAUGGGCCUCCGCCGGUUCCCGCAGGUGCCCGCGGGGGUCUCCGGCCACCCCGCUCCGCACUUCUCGGCGGGACCCGGGGCUGCAGGGCAGGCAUGGCCACUCCGUGAGCUAAGACCCUCACUCUGGGGCUGGGGCACCCGCUGGCUCCACGUGAAUGCCCUUCGCAAGUGUCCGCUGCUUUCCCUGGGGUCCUGGUGCAGCCUCGGGGCAGCCGCUCCCAUCCCCCGUGCACGGUGCGGUCAGCGCGGCUCUCGCCGGGCUCUGCGUGGGUGGGUGUGCGGUGGCCCACGCAGGGAUUGCCCCAGCACGCUGCUGCUUAGCCCCGGACGGGGGACACGGAUGUGGGGGGCCAAGCAGGUCCUUCCUCACUUGGAUGGGCCCGGUUCCGACCCUGGAAGAAAAGCUUCCUGUGCCCGUGAAUAGCCCGGCUGGACUCUGGCAGCCGUGGCAGGGGCAGACCCCAACCAGGUUCCCCCCAUACGGGACGUGGGGGUCUGACGCGGAGUGUGCAGGUCUCGCACUGCCGUGGGGUGCCCAGGAGCUUGUCUCAGCCCCGCCCGCGCUGGGGGAAAAGCAGGUACCGAGCGGGGCUGCGGGGCCAGCGUGGGCUUCGGUCCUGCGCGUUCAGGGAUCUGCCCCCGGGGACGGGGCCCCGUGUCUGCGGAGGCACUGGUGGAGCACGGCCGUCGCUUCGGCCCCGAGGCUCCCGGUGGCGAAGGGAGGCUGCCCUCGUCCGGCGCCCCGCCGGCAGCGCUCCUGCCGCAGAGCCUGUGGCUGUGCUGCCUCCGGACGGGAGAAGCCUGAACUGCACCGGCUGCUCCGUCCCUUUCCGUUCCGUCCCGUCCCGUCCCGUCCCGUCCCGCCGGGAUGCUUAAGCCGAGGGGCCGCGGCGGGGCUCCCGGGAGCGGGGACCGGGAGGAGUCCGUCCCCUCCUAGCAGGGCGCGGGGACCCUCGCCUGGCCCCUUCGGGGGUGCCAGCCUGGGAAAACCGUGACCUGGCAGCAGCGGCUGGCGUGGGGCCACGGGCCGCCACGGGAGCGACGUGCAGCGUGGGCUGUGCUUGGCCAGGCUGUGGCGGCUGGCGCGGCCGGGGGGGCCGGUGCGAGAGCUGUCGGCACGGGGGGAGCAUCUCACCUGGUGCAGGGGCCCCGGAGGAGGCGCGUGGGUCUGUCAGCGCCCACCACAGCCCCUUGCCACAGUGUGGCCAGUGCAGGGUGGCAUCAGAUGCAACAAUCGGGACUUGGGCACUAUCCCCUGAGAUGCUGAAAGGACUGGAGGAAAUUGUUUUUUCUUCUUGUCCCAGCGGUGCCCAGCCACGUCCUUUCAUUUUUUUUGUCAGGAGUGCUCUCCUAGGCAUGUCCCAUCCCAGCUUUGCUAUGGCAGCAACUGGGACAUGCUGGGACAAAGUCACAGAGUGGAUAGGGGAACUCCCUAGUGCAGAAUGUCACUAGUCUCCAAGAGGACAGUCCCAUCCCGAGAGACAGGGAAUCCAGCAGAUGGGCCAAGAAGGGUACAAGCCCCUUUGGGAUCCACAUCUAGGGUAUCCUGGCUUUGGACGUUGGGACACAGGAGCAUCCCUGCACCGCAGGAGGGCGCUGGGAAAGGAGGCGAACAUGUGGCUGCAGACAGGGCCUUGCCCCAGCACCUCCUGGGGGACAUCACUCCCCUGAGACUGUGCUUGCUGCUUUGCUGGGAUGAUGCACGGCAGGGAUCCAGUUCCCCUCUGUGUGUCAGAGCAGUGGACGCCGAGCAGUGGUGUUGGGGAGAAUGACUACAGCGAGCCUGACAUGGUGAUCCACAUCCCGCCAUGUACCCAUGGGACCUGCCCGCCUGUCCUGCCCCUCGAGACCCCACUCACCCAGGCUGUUCUGGGCUUGUAUGUCCCAGUUUGGUGCAGGCAACAGCCUGGGGAGCCAGCGCAAGGCCGAGGGGUGGCUGCACCCGAGGACCCUGUGCUAAUGGAUUUGGAGUUUCUAAGGUCAGGCUCCCACUGCAAGCAAGAAAAACAUUCCCAGGGAAGGGCCAUGGGAAAGGGCCCCCCCCCGGCAGCACUCCCAGCCCCAGCCACUGCCUCACAGCCCAGCCUGGCAUCCCAGGCCGCUUGCACAGGGAGGUGGCUGCAUUCCCCUUGAGGAGAGGUGCUGGACAAAGGCUGGGGCGCCCCAGCUGCCCAAUCUCUUGGAAGGGGUGUGCAGUGUGGUGAGGGUGCCUGGCUGUGCCAGGAGAGGAGAGGGGUGAGGGUGCAUCAUGCAUGGGGUGCAGGAGGUUUUUGGGGUUCUGGGGGGUGAUGGAGGGGAUUGCAUGGUUGAAGAAGGCAGGAGAAGCAUGUGCCAACUCCCAGCCAGCCAGGUCAAUACCCACCCUAUCCCUGCUGCGUGGGCACUGACUCCAACCUCUGCACUUGCAGCGAGCAUGGACCAGCGACAGGGGCCACCAGAGCCGAGACCUGCAGGACCUGCCACGCAUCUGCAGCCCAAGGAGGGGACACUGUGGGGGCUCCUCGCCAUCCUAUCGCUGCUGGCUGGGCUGGCCACGGGCACCCUGCGAACACCGCACUGCAAUGAGACGCUGGACGCAGCCCCUACACCACAGGGCAUGGCCACUGCCAGCCCAUCUGUGGAGGAUGGUGUGGAGGUGCCACUCGCCGCUGCCUGGAGCCAGCUGUAUGGGGAAAAUGCAACGACGGGUGGUCCAGGCGCCGCAGAGUUGGCGGAGGACCUGCUGCUGCGCGCUGAGCGCUCACCGCCGGGCGCUGGCAAAGCCAAGAAGAGGGCACGGACACCCUCACGGGGCACCCGCGGGCGCAACUGCCACAUCCGCAACCUGAUGGUGAAGGUGCGCGACCUGGGCCUGGGCUUCAACUCGGACGAGAUCGUGCUCUUCAAGUACUGCAGUGGGUCCUGCCACCGGGCACGCAGCAACUAUGACCUGACACUGGGCAGCCUGCUGCGGCAGCAGCUCAUCGCCCCGGGGCCACAGGAGCGGAUCCUCAGCCACCCCUGCUGCCGACCCACCCGCUAUGAGGCUGUCUCCUUCAUGGAUGUGGAGAACACAUGGCAGACAGUGGAGAAGCUCUCAGCAGCCGAGUGCAGCUGUAUUGGCUGAGGAGGGGGCCACUGGCUUGGCCUCAGCUCGACACAUGCUGGCAGACUCCGGCUUGCCACAUGCAGUGGCACCGGUGCUCAGAGGAAGGGUCUGGCAGAGGCUGGUGCCUCCGUUUUUAUGUGGCCACAAAGAACCGAGGUGAGAUGGAGCCAUGACUGGGGUGUGGGCAGCCAAGCCCCCUCCUGCUCAGUGCCAAGCAGCUGGUGCCGACGGCUACAUGGGGUCCUGCCUGGAUGCACUGUGGCUCAGCCCUGAGAGAGGGGCUGAGGGGAGUAUGGACCAUCCCCACCACUCACUGGCUGGUCUGUCAGCCCAGUGUCCACCAGCAGCACUCCUCCACCCCUGCUUUGGGGGAGCUGGGGUCAAGUGUCACCCCAAGUUUCAGAGCAGGCAAAACCUCCCUGUCCCUUCAGGCACCCUGGGGUCAGUGGUGGCCAGAGCUGCCCUGCAGGGAAGGGGUGUGCCUGAGGACGGGGGUGCAGCCAGGCCAACUUGCACCAUUGUGGGGUGGGGGACCUGCACCCAGACCAGCAGCAGCCCCUGGUGUUCUGCAGGGUGGUGGGUCACGGGCACCCACUGGGACCCCCAUCCCUGCCUGGCUCCCAGGGGGGUGGCAGGGUCCCCCCCGCUGCCCCGUGGUGCUGCGGCACUAAACUAUUUAUUACUCUAAAUUAUUUAUUUAUUGUUCUCGAGCGGCAGCUCCUAUUUAUGACUUUGGGCCCCCGGGGGCCGGGUGUAAAUUAACCCCAGCGCUGCAGUGAAGCCCUGGGCAGUGCCCCGUGCCCCCCCCCCUUUUCUAUUAUUUGUAAAAUUUGAGGGAUAAACUCUAUUUUUGUACAGUCGCCUUUUCCUGUAGCAAUAAAGCGAUGGGCUGCGCGUCC